AUGAGAUUAAAAAAAAAAUUGGUGGAAAAAAGGGCGGAGGGAGACUUAUUAUGGUUUGGGAAAAGAAAUUAUGGAGGUUUGGACGAACGACUUAUGGUGAGAAAUUCUUAUCAAUUCUUAUCAGUACAAGCAAAACAAUUUGAUAAUGAUAAUAAAUUAAUUACAGAAUCGGGAAGAGGGACCGUUUGA